GCAUGAGCACUCCUCAGCCGGCCGUACCAGAGAGUCCUACCAAGGGCACAAGAAGCCCAGCAGGGCAGGCUGCAGUAGGUGUCCGGGAGAAGGGCCCUCGGCUGUGCCAGCGACUGCCCUCUAUUGUGGUAGAGCCCACUGAAGUGGGUGCUGUGGAAAGUGGGGAGCUGCGCUGGCCACCUGAGGGCACCCAGCGGGGUACCCCUCAGAUCCCGGCUGCUGCUGGUGAGUGA